AUGGAUGCAGCGAUGACACCCUCACCAUCAAGUCACUAUAACAACCAAGCUUCACUUCCAUCACAGAGCCUCCGCCUUAGUUCCCUUCUGGAAGAGGCCAUCCUGGAAGACAUCAAUGGAUAUAUAUUUGGCGCCGUCGAGGGUUUCUACGAUAAAUACUUUGUGGAAAAGCCUUGGUCCAACCGUACCAAAAUCAUCUUGCAAGUACUAGAUUUGAAGUUUCGAGAUGGUCGUUGGACAGAAUGCUACAAGUUGAAGACAUAUUCUGGGUUUUACAAAUGGCUCUUGCGCUUUCAAGCGAUCUUCUUGACUGGCCAAGAUACCCAAUACAAAUAUUCUAAGGCACCGUCUCAUCAUUUUGGUGGAAGCAUAGUAUUGUCACUACCGAAUGAGAGUAGUUGGGCUAGUGUUCAAGUUAUCGGAGAGUUUCGAUCGGGUACUUACAAAGCGGGAUUUCUGCGCCUUUGUGGACAAGCUCGGGAAGUAUUCGCAAGCCAGCCUAUCCGGAGAUUUUUGCAUGGAUUCUACGUUAUCGGGGAUAUGAUGGAGCUUUGGGUAUUCGACCGAUCUGGAUUGUACAGUUGUGACCCAUUUGCAAUUUCCCAACACCCAGAUCAGCUCGUGAAUGUCAUGGCGGGAUACUUUUUGAUGAGCCACAAGGAGCGAGGUGGGAGCACUUUGAUGCAAGAGGACAUCAAUGGAAAUUACAUCAAGUAUCAACUCGACGCCAGCACAAGUAUAGCGAACCUUUACUUGGACAGACAACCGAUCGCAUCUACAUCCACGAAAGACAAGAACUUCAUCAGUGAUGGGUUGGUUUGCUACCGCGCACGCCACUCAAACUCGAAUAAACUGGAUCUUGUUGUCAAACUAAAGUGGCGACCAACUUGGGGAUCUUUUGAGAAGCGGAUAUUGGAUUUAAUCAAAGAGAAGAAGGUUUGCGGUGUGUCUGAGCCAGUCUUCCACGGAGAAUUCGAUAGCACAAAGGAUCUGCGAGGGGGCCUCGUUUUUGGAUCUCGUUUGAUGUUCUCGAAUUAUGACUCCAGGGGAUCUAGCGCUACAGGCAUUCUUAACUAUACAGAAGAGGUGCAGUCUACGAGCUCUCAAGGCACAGAAUUGGAAUUCGCUGUACCAUUCAAGAAUAGUCUGUUCUGCUGCACAGUCGUUUCCCCAAUUGGUCGUUCACUACAUACUUUUGAGACAGUUUCUGAGCUUCUAGAGGCCUUUCGGGACGCCAUAAAAUGUCAUCGAUCCCUGUAUCAGGAUGGGAAGAUACUUCAUCAAGAAAUUUCCGAUGGUAAUAUCCUGAUUUGUGAUUCAAGUUCAUCAAGCGAUCCCAGGGGAGUACUCAUCGACAUGGAAGUGGUGAGAGAAUUGAGAAAGAUCGCAAAGAAGGGUGAGAUAAUUGGGGCUGGACGGUUCAUGUCAAUUGGAGAACUGACUGGCUCAACACACACCUAUCGUCAUGAUCUUGAGUCUUUUCUGUAUGUCCUUUUGUAUGUGAUCAUUUGUGGGGGAUCAGAGGAGCUACCGGAAACAAGCCGGUUGUGCGAUUGGACUGAGGGAGACCAAUUUCAGUUGGGUCAGAUGAAACAGGUGGAUAUGCAACCAGAAGAAUUUGAGAGCAUUAUUUCCGAAUUUCCAGAGAACCUUAAGAAUUUAUCAGAUCUGGCCAAGCAUCUAAGACGGAUUUUAUUCCAAGGGACAACCGGCGGGUUGUGGACAGGGACAGAUACGUCGGACGAGGGAACAAAUGCGUUAUAUGAGAAUACGAUCCAUGCAUUCGAAUCAGCCAUAAAUUCUACUGUAAAUAGUUAA